AUGAGAAGGAACAACCCCAACGCACCCGCCUCGUCUUCCAUCCAUGCACGUCGCACCGGAUCCGACGCGCUCAACGUCUACUACUGCCUUUGCGGUGAAUUCGUGCUCGUCUCGGACCGUCCUCUCUCAAGCCUCCCACUGCGACCGCUCGACAAUGCACGUGUCUUGCGCUGUCUAGACUCGCCGCCAUACUCGAUCACAGGUGCACCGCAAAAGGUGCGCAAAGCCAGAGUGUUCAAGGUUAGCGCAUCGCAAGGCUCGGCCAAAUUCAUCCAGCGUCCAGACGGCUCGCUGGAGAAGCAGUAUCCUUUCCAGUGUUCCAGGUGCAACUUGCAGCUGGGAUAUGAACAUACUCCUCCUCCGCUCAAGAGUGGCGGGAAAUUCACUUUUCUUCUUCCCGGAGCCUUGACAGACAGACAAGGUGUUCCGCCGCCGGAUGUCUUUCUGCAAGACUUUUUCGCUCAGACUGAAGAAGCAGCAGAUCAGGAGGAUGGCGACUACCCCCACAUGCCAGCAGCAAGUGCGUAG